UUCGAUCCUUCGCCCAGCGACCCAGACGUACCUGCGGUGGUACUCUAUCUCAGACUGCCAAGAGCAUACAGGGGCAGUUGUUUACACAAGAGGCUCGUGCAUGGCAAGACUUGUGCACGGCGAGGCUUGUGCACGACAACGCCUAAGCGCAAGGCAGAGUGUAGAAGAGCAAUUUUGCAACGACUUGGACGCUUUUGUAUAUGGUGCACAGUCUAAAGACGGAGGAUUCUUGCUGUGCAGGCGCGGGUGAGGCUGGGAUGCCAAGUCGAGUACGGGUAACCGGCGAUAACGAUAUCGAAUUUAAGGCAUCCAACAGCUUAACUGGGACGCAAGCGAAAUGGUUUCUACGCCUCCAAACUUGGCAAGGCGAGACCCGUCGUACGAGUUGACAACCGUCAAGAGCUUUACAAUGUCGUGGUUCCCCAGUCUUACGGUCGUGACUACCCUCUCGGUAGACGCUCGACAAGAUGAACGACCAUGUGCGCCAAGUCCAGCCGCGUCCUCAGCCGGAUCCCAAGCAGAAGCCGACAGUGCGGACUCAUAAGCGCGCGUUCUUGCUGCUGGCCUUCUACAUCCCGCUCGUGGUCAUACCAUGGGUUGUUACUCUGGUUCUCGUCUAUCGGCCAAUGACCAAGUCGUCUUGGACCUACGGACCAGGCUUCUCGUACAAGGACUAUAAGGUCAUGCAGGGAUGGGCGAAGGCGAUACCGAUCAUGAACGUCUUUGCAGCGAUUUUUGCUAUCAGUGUCACUUCGUCGGUCAUUGCGCAAGUGGCAGUGCUAUUCGCCCAAAGGAGACAUGCCGGCCAGCAGAUGAGCGUCAGACGGCUAUUUGCUCUCGCGGACCGGGUGUGGUGUGACUGGGCAGCUCUUCCCCGGACGCUCAUGGAUGGCGAAAAGUCAGCGAACUGGAUCUUCCUGCUGGGUGCGGUCACGGUGUUCCUUGGUGCUAUCCAACACCCGCUGGUGCAGAUUCUAGUGCCGUGGGAAGAUGUCCGUAUUCCGAAUUGCGCGAGCACAAGAUUCAUCACAGAACGCGACUACGGCAUGCUACGCUGUGAUGCGCUCAGCCGGGAGCCCGCCUUAGCGUUUCAGUCAAUCGGGAUUGACCUGGAGCCAGCACAGAUGGCGAUCAUUUCAGCGUCGUCUAUCAUACCGCGCAUCAGCAGUGAUCUGUCUUCAUACACGCGUGGCUCAGAUAUUUCAUACAUGUGGCAAGCGGAGGACAAAUACGGGGCGAGUAUCCCCACAAACCUUGAUAACGCCGACCAGCAAGUCUGGAUUGCCGCUCUACCUGCCGACACUACGACAGGUGUCCUGCGCGAACACAUCAUGCGCCUCAACUCCUCUGUCUCAUGCACCAAUCUGACAGCCUCCGCGUUCCCUUCGACCUGUACCGGCACCAACCCAUUUCGAGCCUCUUUCAACUACGAGUCGUGGGAAACGCGCUGGAAUGGCACCUUGGAAGUCUGCGCACCUGGCGAUCAGGGGACAUACCCUUGGACGCUGAGUCGCAACCGUCAAGAGAUCACCGAAGAGCUGUUCAUCAGGUACGCGGAGACGUACGUCUCGGAGAGCUUUGGCGAUGAUUCGCGCGAUGGGGUGAUACACUGUACGGCGCAGACGAGCAGGGGGUAUUUUGAGCUCGGCAACUUUUACAAUGGAGGCCAAGCUGGUCCGUUGCUGGAUAAGUGGCCCAGCCGCGAGGUGCCAUACCAGUACCACGACUACUUUGAACAGGAACUUACCGCCACUUCCGACCGUCGCCCGCCGUACAUCCCGUCGGAAGUGUAAGUACAUCUUGUCCCACACCUCGAUUGCACCAUUGUUACUUGGCUGAUCAUCACAGGGACGAUUUUGUCGGUAGUGCAGUCCGCGUAUCUGACCCCAGGGAGAACAUUGAAGAUCCACCCACCUACACCUACAUGGCCGGUCCGCUGAUGACCUCGGCCCUGACCAUCUUCGGUCCCCUCUCGUGGGCCGAAUCCGUCCGCAACCUCACCAUCAACAAAUCCACCGACGAACUCGCAGCCUCGCACACCGACCA